AAGAAUCCAGGACUCCGACAAUUAGGAAAAUCAGUUAUUACUUCGUUUUGGGGAAAACUAGGUCAGCGCGAGAACCAAAGUAAAACUACAAUAGUUAGACAACCAGAAGAAUUUUAUAACAUCAUGACUAACCCUUCAGUCGACAUUAAUUCGGUUCAGCCGAUAAAUGAGGAUACGCUCCUUGUAAACUGGGAAUUUAAAGAAGAAAGUUACACCCCUUUAUCGACAGUGAACGUGGUACUUGCCGCUUACACCACUGCGCAGGCACGGUUAAAGCUGUAUGAGUAUCUAGAUUUAUUAGGCGAGCGUGUGUUGUAUUAUGACACGGACUCUAUAAUCUACAUUACUUCCGAAGGCCAGUUUGAUCCACCGACAGGUAAAUUUUUGGGCGACUUAACAGAUGAAUUAGAAGCUGAAGGUGCUGAUAGUUAUAUUGAAGAAUUCGUGUCAGGUGGACCAAAAAAUUAUGCUUAUAAACUCUGGUCCACGGCCAAAAAUUGUUAUGUAAAUGUUUGUAAGGUGAAAGGAAUUUCCCUUAAUUAUAAAAACUCACAAAUCAUCAACUUUGAACAGAUAAAGAGGAUGGUAUUGGAAGGUGAUAAAGCAGAACCCUUACUGGUAUCGUCAAAGUUGAUGAAAAGAACGGCUGAACAUAAUGUUUUAACAAACGAUACUACUAAAGUCUACCGUACAAAUUCGACAAAAAGAUGUUUUGCUACAGAUGGCUCAUCACAUCCUUACGGUUUUAAGAAGUCUCGUUUAUCCGGUGGAAUAGACGAAAAUUUAUAAAAAAUUUAGCAGAUGUAAUAAUAUGUACCUGUAAUGCAUAGCUAUGUAACUUUACUGUAAUGUGGUAUAAAAUUCAAUUAAUUAGUUAAAAACAUUAUUCAUUAAUU